GUGCAUUUCAGUUGUGUCGGUACACAGCACCUGUGCCACACUUGGCUGUGUAUGCAGGCAUGUGCGAGUCCCAGUCCACUGCCUCUCCAGGACUUAUGACCCUGCCCAACAGUGCUGUGUGUCCUUCCCCAAUAAGUGUGGCCAUUGACAGCACCCCAGCCUCAGAGAGGAGAUUUGAUGGUGGGGCACCUGCCUCAUCUCACUUCCCAUCUAUCACUGAAAGCACAGAGGCAUCCGUGUCACAGGAGAGUCAGCCUCUUGCGUCCAAGUCUCGUGUAGCCCUGUCACUCAGCAGAAUCCUUCGGCGAGGAUGCAAUGCCCCAUCCAUGUUCGCCAGUCUCUCACCAAAAUGUGCUGUGACAGCAGGGGGAGGAAGAGUACAACCACUUGGAGUGGACCAACUUGCACAGCCCCAGCCGAAGAGGAUUGCGAAUUUUUUCCAGAUCAAAGUUGACAUCCCCCCUGAAUGCCGCAUCUACCCCAUUGACUCAGAAGAUGAGGAGGAGGAGAGCCCUGGUGCAGCACAAGGGGCAGUCAAAGAAAUCAUAUGCCCUUGGGAAACUGUCACCAAACAUGAAGGUGCAGGGUAGAGAGAUACAUACCACACAGAGGAAAUGACAGACGUGCAGAAAGAUGCGCAUAUGUAACACAGUGAUCAUCGUUUCCACCUAGGCAUGCUCUGAAAGGAGGUGUUUGAAGUAACAACAUGUCAAACAUGUCUGUAUUUCUGAUAGCUUUUAGGUAGUGCCUACAUGUUCUAGUAGCUGGUGGAAAAGUGCUUAUAACAUGGUUGUGGGAUUUUAUAUUUGUAUCUGCUUGUUCUGUUUGUUGGUAUGACAAGUCGAGGCCUUAUUUUAGAAGAGUUUUCUUUUAGCAAAAUUGUCAUCAAGUUGUUCAGUAUUGCAAAGGUUUUGUACUUGUUUAUUAUUUUAUAUUUAUCAAAGAUGCAUUCACAUACACCGAUUUAAGAAAUUGUCAAUAUUUUCAUAGUUUCACUUAGUAUAUCUAGGAAGACAGCACAUAGGAAAGGUACUGUCUGAAUGUAUUACCUUUAAAGAGUUUACAGUUCACUACAGAAUGUGAAUGUGGUCAUUGUUCAUAUUUAAUUUGUGUAAGUGCCUAAAUAAAAUAUUCCAAAAAAAUGUAAUUGUCUGCUGCAAAUAUGAUUAAACUUGUACAAAUGAGAAAUUCAGUGCAUGAACCAGGUGAGUCCAUUUUGGAUCCCAUAAAAUAACAAAUAUGUUCUGGAGUGGAGCCCUGCAAUGGGAUGGCACCUCAUCCAGGGGUCCCCUGCCUUGUGCCCCGAGUCCCCUGGGAUAGGCUUCAGGCUCCCCGUGACCCUGUGUAGGAUAAGCCGUAAAGAAAAUAGAUGGAUGGAUGGCUGGAUGGAUGUUCUGAGUGGCGGCAUAGUGUGUAACACUGCUGCUUCACAGUGUGAGUGUGUAUAAAUAAAGGUGUGUAUCUUGCAAACGACUAGUGUCCCAUCCAGGGUGUGUCCCCACCUCACACUCAGUGUCCCUGAGAUAGGCUCCAUAUCCACUGAAACCCUGACCAGAAUAAAGUGAAGAAUAAAGGAAGUCAGAGCAGGGAAAACAGAUGAAAAGGGAAAGCAGGGAAAACUAAAAUGUAUUUGAUAUAGGGUCCAGGCCCAGGUUUGGAUAACGUGUUCCUUAAAAUAACUGAAGGCCAUGUCCUGCUCUUGUUGUUAUUACAGUACCAGCAGAUGGCGCACAAGGAGAAGAUGAGAAGAACUGGGCGAGUCCACAAAACAGCUGUAAGAAGUCAUGCAGCACCUCAUUUAGUGUCUUAAGUUUGUUUUGUCAGUGUACCAUACAAAUAGGCUACAUCUCAUCACAGUUACAUAUUUGUUAUGUAACUGGUAUACUUUAGUACUGUUGCUUUUCCCCCUUGCUUUUUCCCCCAACCAAAUCACAGCUAACGUCACAAAUAUAGAUUAGCUCAAACAUCUCCAUGUGGAUUCAUAAUACUGUCAGUU